CUAUCCCCAAAACACGAAGGGCUUGGAAUCCAGGAUCAUUCAGGACCUGCAGGCAUUCAAGCAGAAUGCUAGAGUUUCAAGCUGCCUACGUCAAUGGAACCACAAAAGACUGAUAUAUACAAAGAAUAAGAACAUUGUCAGAAUUCUGGGGGGAAUCAUGCCGAACCACACAUUCAGUCGUAAAGAUCCAGCUCAAGACAACCCCAAUCAUGAGACAUCACAACUAACCGUGGAAAAUGUGACAAAGUUAGAACACGCAUAUGAAUCUGUUGAAGGGGUAUUUCAUGAAACUCGGAUGGUGGAAGAAUACAUCAGGAGGACACAACAGUCUUCAGUGAAUAUAGGUCAAAAUAACACAGACAGUUUGGUGGAAAAUUCUACAUGUCCUGCAGCACCAUCGGACGAAGAGAAUGGAAUUAAAGAAGAUGUAUUAACAGACUCCUUAACCAAAUCAACUGAUACUAGAACCAGAUUCAGAUCAUCUGCUGUGCUGAAAGGCAGGGAACGUAAAACCGAAAACGCCCAGACGCAGACAGAAUGGAGCUGGCAUGACUUAUCAUCAGCAAAUGUAAUCGCUAAUGGAUUUCCAGAAAGUGAUAAUACAAACCUGUUGGUUUCAAAAACAGCAGAUGAACUUGAUGCUAAAAUUAAUGACUCAGUUAAAGACAAUUCUUUAUACACCGAACAUGUCGAGGGAUGUGGGGAAUCAGAGGAAGAAAAUGGAAGGGCUCAUGAAAGGCCUAGUACACCAGAGACAGAUUCUAGUGUAUCCAGUGAUAUUUCACUGAAUGACUCCGGUGAUGAUCCACAACACCCAUUGGCUGUCGAACAGCUUGAUUUGACUGUUGAUGAUGACCAGCUUGCCAUGACAGAAGACCAAAUAUUUUGUGAAUAUUGUCUAAAGGCUACAGAACCUUUUCCAACAGCCGAACAGUUAGCAUCACACCCCGUGCAUAAAUUAUUUUGCUGUAAGAAACGCCAACUAUUAUUUCAGCAUUUUAUCAUGGAUGGAGAUGAGUCCAAUAGUUAUGAGCAAGAAGAAACAAUUAGGCAACUUGCUCAAUUUGAUGAAGACCGAGACAACUUGGAGAAACUGAAGGAAGAGUUUUACAAUACACACUCACAGGACUAUCUCAUUUCACUGACAAACUAUUUCAGCAUGUUUGGAUCAUUUUUUGCCAAGGAUACAAUUUCAUUUACACUGUCUGCAGUAGACCGACAAGAUCAAGAUGAAUCAAAUUGGAUUUCAGAUCCUAAGUAUAGUUUGGAUGAUUUGUUCAUUUCCAUGCCAUCAAUAUAUAAUCAGCAGCUAAAGAGACCCAAUGAACUCUCCAUAGAAUGUUACCAAGCAAGGAACAACUUCAGCAUUCUCUUUCCAGAUGGAACAGGACAGUUUUUCUAUCCAUCAGGAAAUAUAGGUAUCUUGAUCAUCUGCUCUGACCCAGUUCAAUACACGUUUAUCAUUUUGGAGGAUGUUGAGCAAAGACCACAUAUUCAAGCUGUUUUCAUGAGUAAUGGCCAUGCAGCCUGUUACCAUCUGAACGGGACACUUUGGAUGGUUCUAGAUCCCUUGGGUGGCUCCUACUUUGAUGAACAUGGAAGACAAAAGAAGAAAUGGAAAUGGUGGGAUUUCAGCCAGCAUGUGCAUGCUCCUCCCUUUCAGUCCAUUCAUCUGAAACUCAAUUCAAACAUUGACGUGCACCUUCUAGCACAAGAUCAAAUCUAUGUUACGUUCUCCAAGGAGAAGAAAUUUACAUUUAAUGUUGGAUCUAAACUACUGUUGAAAGAUCCCAGCAAUGACAAACUGCUUAUGGGCCCGGAGGUUGACGAGGAAGAAUACUACCUUAGAUUCAAGCAUUUUCAAAUUUACAGCCUUUUUGCUAACCUUCAAAAAUCGAUAAGGAUUCCAAGUGGCCUACAAGACAGAAUAAAUAGUAUUGAAGACUUUGUUUUACAGCUAAACAAAUCAAUAAAAUAUCUAAGAAAACUUACAAGAAAACGGAAUCAGGUGAACUUCACAAAAAAGUUACCCAGUGAAGCAAUGGAAGCAAAAGACAAAGAACUUGUGAUAAAAUAUCGAGAGAGAAAUAGCAAAGAGGUCGAUGGACUUUCCAAUGAUGGGACAUUGCUACUUAGGGAUAAAUCACAUAAAGACAUAGGCAAGGACAUCAACAUUCAGUCCAUGAAGGACCCUGGAAGGCAAACACUUAUCAAAACGUCGAAAAAAAGUAUCAAAAAGCCUAAACACAAAACCAACAAAUAAGCACAGCAUCCAACUUACAAUGAUGGUUUGUUCAUGAUUGGUUACUGUAUCUGUGGCGUGAAAUAAGUAAAAAUUAAAAACAACUAAUGCAAAGUGUUUUAACAAUGUUACAUAUUUUAUAUCAAAGAGCAUCACUUCACAGCUAUUUCACGUAACCUACUGUAUCAAACAUUAGAAUAGACGUUACCACUAGUUGCACAUUAUGCUUCUGCAUUAUUCAACAAGCUCUCUUAAAUAAACUUUUUGCUUUCUAGUUAACAAUGUCACUCUCGGCAUUGUAUAGCCAUACAUGUACAUGACUAAACCAUUCAUAGCAAGGUUAUUUCACUUUUAUUUACAUAAACUAAUACCUAAUUUUAUUUAAUGUAUUUUAAGACACAUUAUUGUUUGUUGCAUUUUUGGGUUGUUCUGUUUUGCAUGCACAAUUAAAAUUCUGGGCUUGAGGCAUGUUGGGAUUGGCUUCCCAGAGAGACAACUGUGAGAUAUGGAUCUAUCUUAUAGGAAAAUUAUACCCCCAGUAGUCUGGAACAAACGAUGAUACCUUCCCAUUCCAAAGUUCUCCCUCACCAGAAGGCAUGUUGGGAAGGCAUUUGUGCAGUCUGGUUGUGAAUAUAGAAAUAUCUCCACAAACCAAAUGCAUUUAAU